UGCAAACCUACAAUUUGAUAUGCAUUAUUUGUAUUACGUUUUUGUAAGGAGGAAAUUGUUGACAUUUCACAAUUAAAAUGUGCCGAUGUGACUAUGAAUAUGUGUAUUUACGCAAGGCCUCUGGAUCUCUGAACCAAUAACUGGCCGGAAUGCCCACAUCAAAGCGGAGAUCAGCCAAUCAGAACUUUCCUGAGCAAAGCAUGGAGAACGUUUUACCUGGAGAGUAUUUAAUUGGGUGCAUCUCAAGUCUUGGGCAUUUUUUGACUGGAGAGCUCGAGAAGUUUGGAUUUUUUUCUCUUGUUGGAGCCAGUUGGAUAGCAGAAUGGCAUCUGAGGCCAGUGACUGUUCGGAAAAGAGCAUCCAGUAUCGGGUGGAUCAUUUAUUAACUGCGGUGGAGAAUGAGCUUCAAGCUGGCAGUGAGAAAGGAGAUCCAACAGAAAGGGACCUUAAAGUUAGUUUGGAUGAAAAUGAACUUUGGCAGAAGUUCAAAGAACUGACCAAUGAAAUGAUAGUGACCAAGAAUGGCAGGCGCAUGUUCCCAGUGCUGAAGGUGAAUGUGUCCGGUCUGGAUCCAAACGCCAUGUACUCCUUCUUACUGGAUUUCGUGGCAGCAGACAAUCACAGGUGGAAGUAUGUGAACGGUGAAUGGGUACCGGGUGGCAAACCCGAGCCACAAGCGCCGAGCUGCGUCUACAUCCACCCAGACUCACCCAACUUCGGUGCGCACUGGAUGAAAUCCUCAGUCUCCUUUAGCAAAGUUAAACUUACCAACAAACUGAACGGAAGUGGUCAGAUUAUGCUGAACUCGCUUCACAAGUAUGAGCCCCGUAUCCAUAUCGUGCGCGUUGGUGGUCCACAGAGAAUGAUCACCACUAACUCGUUCCCUGAGACACAAUUCAUAGCAGUUACUGCCUACCAGAACGAAGAGAUUACAGCACUCAAAAUUAAAUACAACCCAUUUGCCAAAGCUUUCCUGGAUGCCAAAGAAAGAAGUGAUCAUAAGGACAUAAUAGAGGAUGUCAGUGAAAGUCAACAGUCUGGCUAUUCUCAAUUGAGUAGCUGGUUUCUGCCAGCCACGGGGUCUCUCUGCCCUUCUGCAAACCCUCACGCACAGUUUGGCAGCCCUCUGUCUUCGUCCUCAUCCCAUGGCUGUGAACGAUACUCUACUUUGAGAAAUCACCGAUCCACACCAUACCCCAGCGCAUACUCCCACCGGACGACCUCUCCCAUUAGUUACUCUGACAGCUCCACCUGUCUGUCCAUGCUGUCAUCUCAUGAUAACUGGUCCAGUCUGCAGAUGUCCUCCCAUUCCAGUGUGCUCCCAAUGGGCCACAGCUCUCCCCCAAACUCAAACUCCAGUCAGUACACCAGCCUGUGGUCCGUAGGGAACUCUCCUUUGACCCCAGUGUCUCAGACUGGAAGUAUAGGCAGCAGUCUGGGCUCCCAGUUCCUCCGCGGCUCUGCCGGUCACUACAGCAGCCUGGCUCAUCCGGCCACAGCGCCCUCUUCUGGCUCUCCUUUAUAUGACUCCACUGCUGUGCCUGAGGUGCACGAGGCUUCACAAUAUGACAGUUCCGCACACCUACGCCUUCCUACAGCCUGGACCCAAGUCACAUCACCCUCCUUAUAGGACAUCCACCUUACGGAUUAAAUUAAAGCCAUGUUCAUCUAUUAUUGCUUUCAUGCAAUAGUUUUUGACAUCAACAUACUAGCUUUAUAUACAAAACUAAUUUCAGGAUUUGUAUACAAAACUAAAGCAUAUGUUAACCUAACCAAAAUCUUCCUAUAAAAACUCACAAUUGUAAACAAUGUUUUGUCAAUAUGAUUGCAUCAAGUACUAUGUAAGGCUUUUAAAUAUGCAAGUCAUUAUUUUAUGGCAUAUUGUACAUAACAGUUAUUUAUAUAUUUUUUGAAGGAUACUGUAUGUGCACAGUUGAGCAGACAAUCUUUCGUAAAAAGUGUAAAGUUUUUUUUUUUCAUUUUUAGAUUGGAAUUCAGAAUGCAUAAAAAU